AAAAUGAACUGUAAACAUGCAACGGUUCUUUAGAACCCUGUAUUUAAAUGGACUGUUAUCAUACUUCUAAAGCUCAGGUUGUUGUGGAGAUUAAGGAAGGUAAUGGAUUCACAUUUUUAACAAACCCUGUGGUUGUUGUGGCUUCUUUCAAUGGCAUUCAGUUAGAAACUAAAGAAAUAUUGCCUUCAAAUUGUCCACAGUUUGAUAGUGAACUUAUUUGGCAAGCUGAUACAAAAUAUUUGAGAAGGUUAAGAACUGCCAAUACUGCACUAAAGCUAGAAUGUUUCACUUUCAUAAAUAAUCAUAAGCAAAAUUCUAGAAGAGAUCGGAUAGGUUAUGUAUUAUUGAAUUUGAAGGAAGCUCAAAUAGUUACUAAUGAUGAACACAAAUCAGUUUCAGAAACAAGGCAUCGACUACUAGGUAUGAAAAACUUGUUUCAGGCACAUAAGCCAGAACUUGUAUUAAAGUUUAAAAUAGAAGAAACUAUAAAAAUGAAAUCUUCUUAUGAGGAGGAUCUUCUUGAAAAAGUUAAAGUUGAUUCAAACUUUCAAUGUGGAGACAGUUCACGCCUUGAAAUGUUUCAAAAUCAUCUACAUGGCCAAUUACAUAUUGGGCCUCCGCAUUUAUGCACUGAAUUCUAUGAGUUAGCAAUUAAUGUUGUAUCUGCUGGAAAUUUAUCGAACAUUAUGCCUAAGGAAAGAGUUGACUCACCAAUAACAGCAAAUUUCGUUAUAUUUGGAUAUUCAUUUUUUACUAAAGAUCUAUCUGUAUUUAGAAAAAAUAUGAAUAAUGGAAGAAUUUCAAUAAAAAUAUGGUCUCAACUUCAUUUUAUUGCAGCUUAUUUCAAAGAGUUUCCAAAACUUGUUAUAUCGAUUUAUUCUGAAGAGGAUAUUGUUGGAACAGCUGUUAUGAAUCUACAGGUUUUAGGCAACUUAACUACAAAGAGGAAUAUUACUAUCAGUGACAAAAUUCAAAUUGAUGCCGUAGAUGAAAUAGGUAAAUUCCAUUCAGAUAUUGAUCUUCCCUUCUUAGAAAUGGAAUUUCAACUAUACCAUAAAAAAGAUUUCAUAUCUACUAAAGUUGAUCAAGAAACUCAAUCAAAUUAUGAUUGCAAUUUUGAAAAAGAAUCAGGAAAUGCAACUCAGUUUUCUCCACCUUCAAUCAGAUAUGAAAGCAGUCUAGCCAGUCAUAAGGAAGAUAUUGAGGAAGCUGGACUUUCUGAUAAAAACGUUGCUGAACCAAUUAUUACAAAUCAUGCUGAAGAAAAUACUUUCAUACCAAGACAAAAUAUAGUUCAAAAUAUUCACCAAGAACAUUCAAAUUCUUCAGAGAUAGCUGUUCACGAUGACCUUGAUUCACCAAACAGAAAAGAUUAUUCUAAAAAAGAGAUUAAAGGAGUUACAAUUAAAAUUUGUGAAGAACUAGAAGAUUGGAAAGAAAAACAGCAGGAAAUGUUUCGAUUUGAGUUAAAGAAAAAAACUGAUCGUCAUUUAAAGAAAUUGUCAAAUGAAUGGUUAAAAAAAAAGUUUGAAUUAGAAGAAGACCUAAAAAAACGAAUAGAAGAUUGCCAGGUACUAAAAGAAAAAUUAAUCAAUGCGCUGGAAGACUUGACACAAAGAAGUGAACAGCUAACUAUCAAAGAAGAAGAGUUGAAAAUUGCAAAAGAGGAAUUAGAUAAGAAAUAUACAAUGAAAUUUCAAGAACUUCGAAAAGCUUCAAAGUUACAUGAAUUUGAUAUGGAAGAUAAGAUUCAUGAAGCUACUACUGAAAAAACAGAGCUUUAUAAAAAAUUAGAAGAGAGUAGAAAAGAAAUUUUGAGACUGCAAGAUGCAUUGUUAAAUCAAGAAGUGCCAAAUCAUCAUUCAAAGGAACAAACAGCCAGCUUAAUCAGUGAAAUUAGGUCUCUUGAACAAAAAUUAGAGAAAGCUGUUGAAUCUAAAACUUUUUUUAAAGAACAGUGGGGAAAGGCAGUUCGGGAACUUCACAGAAUGAAGGAGGAAGAACAGCAACAAUUAAAAUGGCAAAUUCAAAAAAACCGUCAAGAACUUCAGACAUUAGGACUUGUUAAAGAAAUAAGUCAAGAAGUAGGUGAAAUGAAAAAAGAUCAAUCGACCAUAAAAAAUAUUCGUAAUGAACUAGCCAACUUUAUCUCAGUUAACAAUGAACCCUUAAUGGAUCAUUUCCAAAAUACGUACUGAUACUGAUAUUAAAAGAAGAUAUGGACAACAGCCUGAGUUAUUUGACUUGGUGAUCAAAAUCUGUUUUCAAUGUUUAACAAAUAGUCACUACCAUCUGGGUUGAUUGUUUCGUCAGUCGUUCUGUGUACUAUAUGAUAUAUGUAAAUAUGUUGUGAAUAUCAACUUUGAAGAAGUAUUUUGAAUUCCUGAAGUAAAGGUAGAUGGUUAAAUUCAACAUACUAUUAAGAUUUUUUUUUACCUCUCAAUGAUGGAUAAUUUUGACCACCUUUUCCAUUGUCAGCUUUGAUUUGCUGUUAGGCAAAAUACAUACAAAUAUUUUUUUUUUUUUUAUGGUUUACUUUUCAGCUGAAAUUGAUAUUAUAAAAUAUUUGUCUAACGAUUCCAAGAUCGAACCCAUUUGAUAGUUGAUAGUGAUAUAAAAAUCAUUAAAGUAUAGUAGAAUGUCAAUUAUAUGAUCAGAGUUUUUUUUUUUUUUUUUCUUCAAAUAGAACAAAACGUUAAUGUUUCCAAGCCUAUUUGAGUUGUGAUCAAAUCUUCAAGCCUUUUCAACAGAUAUUUCACUAAGCUCUUAAUGUUUUCACAAUCUCUGUCAUCACGUGGUUUCAUGUGAAUCACUGUGUGAUUCUCUAUCAUAUAGUAGAGGCCACCCAUAUUCUGUCUAGUCUCAUAGUUAAUUUUCAUAUAAUCGAUUUUCUACUUUAUUUUAUAAAAAGGUGAAGGCUCUUAUUAUAUGUAAAUAAUAAUCACCUUUUGGAAUAAUAACUAUAUUAGUUUUCAAAAUUGGACUUAAUCUUGUAUAGUAUUAUCUUAUGUAAUGAUGUUAUGAUGAUUAUAUAAUUAGU